AUGUCGGCUAAUGCUCCUUGGGAUAAAGAAAUAAAAAUCAAAGCGUUCACGGCUAAAGGUGCAACCUUUACUUACCUCCGAGUAGAGUAUUCUUGGAAUCCUAAGAGAUGUGACCAUUGCAAAAUUUUUGGUCAUGACCAAGCCUCAUGCCCCACUCAUACGACCAGCUCCCCCGUUCAAGAGGCGCCCACACUCAUCCCGAGAGAAGUUGACAAAGAAGGUUUUCUAACGGUUAAAAGGAGAAUUAGAGCUACUCAUAUCCCUAAACAGAAGGUCCAAGUUGACAACCGUAAAGGAAAAGGCCCCGCUCUAAACAUUGCUCAAGUCUACAAGCCAAUCAUUCGUGAUACAAAGGAAAAGAAUGCGUCGUCUAACAUGUUUGAUGCUCUUUCACAUCAAAUAGUGGACGAUACUGAAGAAGAUUCGAGUAUCCCUCCUGUCAUCCUUUCAAAAGAUACCCUCCCAGCUUCUGAUUCUCAUCCGAGAUCCUCUCACGGUGGCCAUAUCUCUACUCCAGUUGAUCACGGUUGA